UCUCCUAAAAGACGAGGCAAAGUGAGAUUGAUGGGGAAUUAAACUAGUCCUGCACCGCACGCUGAGUGAAGAAAGUCAUUGAGUCCUGGCCUUAGAGGAAUCUCUUCAUUGUCUCGAUACGAGCACAUUUUUAUCAUUUCUGUUGCACUCGCGCGCAGCCAGCUGUGGAGCUGAACACUUGACGCGCGCGCGGUCAACCUCCUCAACACUAUUCGCUGGCAUGCACGAGCUUCAGAUUUGAACACCUCCGACGUUGAUAUUGAACUUGACCCUCCCUCACAACAUGGAUUUUCGAGGGAAAUCGUUGAAAUAAUCAAACAACAUGAAUAAAUUGAAACGGCAAAGAAUUUCAGCUUGAGAUAUUAAACCUACUGCUGGCAUGGACGUUCCGACACAUGUUUUUAUAGAAUUUGUGAACAUUAUGUACAUAGUGAGAUUCAUGCAGCGACUUUACUUUAUUUAAGCCGUGUUUAUUUGGAAGAAUAAAUAAUCACGUUAUAAAACGAAACCGUUCAGAAGGAACAAGAAAACAACAACAUCUGUUUGGAUUCGCUGACGUUUUGUGUGGAGGAAAAUAUUUAGCCAGGUCGAGACAUGGCUCGCCUUCUUGUCCUCGUUAACUCUGUCGGACUGUUGCUCUUUGGUAGUGAAAUGUUUCUGGUGGGAGCAAACCGUCCACCUGCUCCAGUGAAUGUGUCAGUCAUGCACCUGAAAGCUGACUCAGCAACAGUAUCCUGGGAGGUGCCAGAGGGUGACAUCAUCAUUGGCUUUUCCAUUUCCCAACAGAGAAUGGACAGCAAAAUGCAGAGGUUUAUCAGUGAGGUGAACACCACCAGCAGGUCCUGUGUGCUAUGGGACCUGGAAGAGGAGACAGAUUACAUCAUCCAGGUGCAGUCCAUUGGCCUGUAUGGAGAGAGUCAAGCCAGCAAACGUGUCCACUUCAGAACCCUGAAGAAAACUGACCGCUUUCCCUCAAACAGUUCAAACCAAGAUGACCCCACUGUUCAAGGCCUGGAUAAAGCUAGACACCUGCAGACAGGGGAAAUGAUCAUCAUUGUGGUGGUGCUUCUAAUGUGGGCCGCCGUAAUUGCCCUGUUUUGCCGGCAGUAUGACAUAAUAAAGGACAAUGAUUCCAGCAACAGUAAAGAAAAGGUAAAACCCUCUUCAGAAAGAAGCACACCAGAGCAUCACAGUGGAGGACUGCUCCGGAGCAAGUUUCACCAGUCCGUGCCAUCUAUCAACAUCAUUGAUGUGUGAUGAAAGUAUUAUAGAUGUCAGUCACACCCUCUGGUGCACCACCCGCAGUUUCAGGAUGACAGGAAAUCACUCAAAGCCUCCAUAACCAAACAGUCAAGAAUCCACAUGGAUUAGCUCUACUGCAACAUUUGCUGCCUCAUGAAUCUCAUGUCCAGCCCACCCAAAUACAAACACGCACAUACAGUAUAUAUUAAAGCAAUCUAGUCUGGCAGUGGGGCUGUAAAUAAUAUAUUAUAAAUAUAAUGUAUGACUGUAUGUCUGUAUUUUAUGACCGUAUGGAAGGAGAAAUACCAAAACUUUGUUCAUGCAUUGCGCCAGA